AUGGACUUCUCCAACUUUUCCUCGUCCGAGCAGCAGGCGAUGCACCGCGUGAUCGAGCAGAAGCAGAUGAAGGACUUUAUGCGCCUCUACACGGGUCUCGUCGAGCGGUGCUUUGAGUCGUGCUGCAACGACUUUACCUCAAAGGCCCUCUCGACAAAGGAGGAGACGUGCGUGACAAACUGCACCCUCAAGUUCCUCAAGCACAGCGAACGCGUCGGCGCACGCUUCACAGAGGAAAACGCAAAGAUGAUGGGCCAACAAAAGUGA